AGUCAGUGAAUUAAAGAAAUGAAAUGAUUUACUGCUGUUUGAAGUCUGAAGCGUACAUUAUGGCUUUGAGAAGAUGCUGGGUGCCCAACUGUGAAAAUGCGAAAGCGAAAUUAGCAAUUAAAACACGUUUAUUUGGGUUCCCAAGAAACGUGAACAAAAAUUAAUGCCAGUGAAUGGUUCACUACAGCAAGUGUCCCUGGUACAUUUGCUGCCAAUAUUCAUGAUCCCUUGUUUGGACUAACCGAGGUGGCACCCACUAUAGCAAUGGGUGUAAUUGGUUCUAGUGCUGUUGAACAUGCUGCUACAGCAAGUGCAGCAGAUGCUUAUGCAAGCCUUGUGAAAGAUCCUUGUACUUCUCCACACGUGCAAGAAGCCAUUCUGGGAGAUGAAUCUGUGACAUCGGAGUGUGAGAUGGCUGAAGCAUGCAUAUUAGACCCCACGAGUUUG